CCCUAUUAAAGCAUUUGAGACCGGCUAAAAAUGAGGCAGAGACAACCAUGUUCCGACAUGAUUCUAUAGAACAUUCUAGCCUUGUUAAGGUACUAACACAACCAUGUAACCAACGUUUGAACAAAGUUUGAAUAAAAGAGUGGACAAUGCGUGAACAGUGCAGUAACAACCUACACGAAAUUCAAGCUGUAAAACGUCUCUUCCCCACCGCAGCUAGGUAACUCAUCUCAUCUCUAGUCCAUCCAGCAAGCAACGCAAGCACCAAGCAUGCACGGCCACGAAACCCCCCAAGACAACCACAACGACAUGGAGACUCACUGGCAGCUAGCCACCCAGCCCGCUCAAGCCGCGAGUGAACUCGACCCCGGAACCCAAGCCAUCGUCGCCGCUAUCAACAGCCUGCGCGACACCGUCAAGACCGAGAUCUCUGGUCUGCGCGACGAGAUCGCCGACCUGCGCUACGACAUCACUGGCCUUCGCGACGACGUCACCGGCCUGCAGGACGACGUCGCCGACUCGUAUGAUAACACGAACGUUCGUGUUGGCUGCUUGCGCGUUGAUAUCGCCGGCUUGCGCAAUGAGGUCAAGGGCUUGCGCGCUGAGGUCAGCGAGUGCGAGUCUUCUGGUCAGAAGUUUCACCCUAAGAGCAAGUUGCUCACCAAUGGUCAGAACCACGACGAUGUAAAGGAGCUUCUCCAAAAGGAGACUCAGGACGUGGAUGGUCAGACUCGCUAGGUUUUGUGGGUCUUUCAGAAGGUCUCACGGAUCACUGAGCAAAC